GCGGCCGAGGCUGCGGGCCCCACCUGCGUCAAGCUGGGCCAGUGGGCCAGCACCCGGAGAGACCUCUUCUCCGAGGCCUUCUGCGACGAGUUUUCCAAGCUGCACGUCGAGGUGAGCCCGCACCCCUGGAGCCACACGGACGAGCUCCUGAGGAAAGCCUUCGGCACGGACUGGACGGGCAUCCUCACGUUCCAAAGCCGGGAGCCGGUGGGCUCGGGCUGCGUCGCGCAGGUGUAUAAAGCCUACGCUGAGCUCCCCGCUGCCCCGGGCUCCCGGGCCGCCGAGGUAGCGCCCUGCUCGGGGUUACGCUCGGCUUUUGAAGCGUGGGAGGUCUCAGGCUUUAGCGGCCUCCUCGGGUGGCUGAGGAGGCGGAAGAGCGAGAAGCUGUGGGACAAGAGGAGCCGGGAAGAGCUGAGCGCAGCAGGUUGCCCCCGGGGAAGCCCUGUGAGUGGUGCCUCUGUUACGGAGCAGGUGGCUAAACCAGUCCGGAGUGCAAAUCCUUCAUCAGCCAAACAUCUCACACCUGUAGCCAUUAAAGUCCUGCACCCUGGGCUAGUCAACCAAGUCCAGAUGGAUCUGUUUCUCAUGAAGAUGGGUAGUCACAUCAUUGGACUUCUCCCUGGAUUCAAGUGGCUCAGUUUGACAGAGAUCGUGGAGGAGUUUGAGAAGCUUAUGAUUCAGCAGAUUGAUUUGCGCUAUGAAGCCAGAAACCUGGAGCGCUUCCGACAAAAUUUCCUAAAUGUGGAUUUUGUGAAGUUCCCAACUCCCCUUUGGCCUUUGGUAACAGCAGAUGUUCUAGUGGAGACAUUUGAGGAGAGCGAGCCUAUUUCUCACUACCUGCACGCGGAGAUUGCUGCAGAGCUGAGGCAGAGACUGGCAAAGAUGGGCAUGGACAUGCUGCUAAAGAUGGUCUUUGUUGACAACUUUGUCCAUGCUGACCUGCACCCUGGCAACAUCCUGGUUCAAGGCACAGCCCACGCCAGCAGCAGCUGCAAGGAGCAGACAGCCAUCGUGGACCUGUGUGAUACACUGGUGGUGGAGGUGAAGCCGCCCCUCAGGCGGCUCUGUUUGGUGCUGCUGGACGCGGGGAUCGUGGCGGAGCUGCAGAGCGCUGACAUGCAGAACUUCAGGGCCGUGUUCACUGCUGUGGUCCAGGGGCAGGGGGAGAGGGUAGCAGAACUGAUCCUUCAUCACGCCCGUGCUAACCAGUGCCAGGAUAUUGAGCGAUUCAAAGCUGAGAUGGCAGAACUAGUGACCAGGGUCCGGGGGAACACCAUUGCCCUUGGAAAGCUUCAAGUGGCAGAUCUCCUCUCAAAUGUGUUUAAACUAUUGAUGACCCAUAAGGUGAAGCUUGAGAGCAAUUUUGCUUCUAUCAUCUUUGCCAUCAUGGUUCUGGAAGGUCUUGGUCGUUCACUGGACCCUGAACUGGACAUCCUAGAGGCAGCUAAACCAUUGCUCAUCAAAACAGCAGCUUCUGUCCUCGAAUAG